AUGGGUAAUAAAGAAGGAGGUAAUCUCAAUCCAAAAGACCGAUACAUUGCUGAAAAAAUGCAUGAAAGUUUGAAAGAGUUAGCACAUGAAAAUGAACUUAGCGUUAAAGAUAUUCUGGAAGUUUUUAAUAAAAUUAUAUUAGCUAGUGAAUUUUCAGACUUAAAUAAUAUUAAAUUAAGUCAAUCUGAUUGGACAUCUCUGGAAAAUAUUGCAGCAUUUUUACGGUAUUUUGCUAAACUUUCAACUGAAAUAUGUGCGUCAACAUAUCCUACAGACUUGAAAGAUGAGAAAAAUGGAAACGACAAUAUAUAUUAUAAAAAUACCAAAAAAAUAUUUACAUAUAAAUUUGAUGAAUAUCAUUCCAUUUAUUAUCCAGUUUCAGAAACUUUAAAUAAUAGUUUGGGUUAUGCUAAAAAAAAAUUUGUAUUAAUAAAAAUCAUCUGUAAUAAUGUCAUAAUACAUUAA